GUCUCUUUUGUACCACACCCUUUUGUUUUUUCCCUAAUAGAAAAAUCACAAUAGUUUUUAUUAUUACCACUACCAAACUCCCAAUGACUUACUUAAUACAUGUAUAUAAGCAAAGAUUCAUCAAAAGGUUAAAAGUGUAAUGAGAAGUGAGAAAACGAAGCGCGCACACACACAAGAUCCAAUAUGGAAGAAGAAAGCACCACGAUCAUCAUGACGUCACUCUCUACUCUUUCUCCUUCACACCUCACGAGUCUUACUCACACCAUUCUUUCUAUCUCCCACCACCAUCGCCGUCGUCUCACCUCAGUCCUCUCCUCUCCGACGCUUUUCUCCCUCACUCUCCGCCACCUCCUUUCUCUCUCCCUUCCUCAGAAAACCCUCCUCAUCGCUACUCACCUCCUUUCUCUUCUCCACCCUCUCCUACUCCACCGCAACCACCACCACUCUCUCCCUUCCUCUGCUGCCUUUAUGAAGCUCCGGGACCUCGACGCGGUUGUGCUUCUCCUCUUUCUCUGCGAAACGCACCAGCUAGAUCCAGAUGUUCUAGAAGCUUCAGCUGAUAACUGGCGGGAAAUCCUCGGCGCUAUGUGCUCUGACACUAUGUUAAACAGUAUAUCCGGUCUAUGGACAUGCGACGCCGGAAUCCUGAUGCCUUACAUAGAAACCCUAGUUAGAUGCAAAAGAUUCGUCGACAUAAUGGGAGGCUACAACCACCUUCGUCGUCUAAGAGGAGAGAAAGAAGGAUAUGAGAUCCCAGCUGCUAGAGCGGCUGUGGUGGCGCUACGUGCGGUUGAGGUGUCUAACGCAACCGGUUUGAAUUCCGGAGAAGUAGAAUGCGUGAUAUGCAAGGAAGAGAUGAGCGAAGGAAGAGAUGUUUGUGAAAUGCCAUGUCAGCAUUUGUUCCACUGGAAGUGUAUCUUGCCAUGGCUUAGCAAGAGGAACACGUGUCCUUUCUGUAGGUUUCAGCUUCCCACCGACGAUGUCUUCUCCGAGAUCCAACGUCUAUGGGAGAUCCUCGUCAAGACCACUGAGUUACACGUGACUCACGUGUUAUCAAACACGUGAGUAAUACACGUGUAUGAAACGUGCAUAUCGUUAUCUAUAAUAGAUGUGUCGAGUACUAUAAUCAAAUAGGAAUGUUUGGACCGUUUCGAUCUAUAGAAUUUAUGUUAGUUUUUUUUUUCUUUUUGAUAAGGACACAUGUGGUUUUAUUAUACUCAUGACAACAUUUCUUGUUAUAAAUUGCGACAACGACGAAUUUCGUAUGUUAAAACAAUGUUUUCUUUUGUUAUCUUUCAUAUAUUAUGUAGCA